GUGGGAGCCCCGGCCCCGCGCGGCUCCCUCUCAGCGCCCCGCGCCCUCCUUCCUUCCUUCGCCCGGACGGACGCACUUCCGGCGGAUGUUGGGGGGGGGCAAGCCCGGAAACGGAAGUGAGCGGCGGGGCCGGCUGACCGUCAAGGGGAGAGCUUCUGUACGCUGAGCGAGUCGAAAAUGAAUGCCAGAGGACUUGGAUCUCAGCUAAAGGACAGUAUUCCAGUUACUGAGCUGUCAGCAAGUGGACCUUUUGAAAGUCAUGAUCUUCUUCGAAAAGGUUUUUCUUGUGUGAAAAAUGAACUUCUGCCCAGUCAUCCUCUUGAAUUAUCAGAAAAAAAUUACCAGCUCAACCAAGAUAAGAUGAACUUCUCCACACUGAGAAACAUCCAGGGUCUUUUUGCACCACUAAAACUGCAGAUGGAAUUCAAGGCAGUGCAGCAGGUUCAGCGUCUUCCAUUUCUUCCAAGCUCAAACCUUUCACUGGAUAUUUUGAGGGGUAAUGAUGAGACUAUUGGAUUUGAAGAUAUUCUUAAUGACCCAUCGCAAAGUGAACUAAUGGGAGAACCGCAUUUGAUGGUUGAACAUAAACUUGGCUUGCUGUAAUGCCGUGUGCUGUUCAUGGAAGUAGAGGGACUGCGUCUUGUUUAUAGUUGUCUUUUUCCUAUAAUUUGAUGUGCGCAACAUUAAAAGUACUAACACGUGAGAA